AUGGGAAGAGAAAAACUAAAUUCACCUUCUCUACCUAAACGAAUUGUUAUUGAAAACAACGGUAUAUUUAGUCAAAAACAAAUUUUGGAAGAACUCAAUAAAUAUUUUACUAGUAUUGGCCCAAAUCUUGUAAAAAAAAUAGUACCAACAUCUGUAUCAUUUAAAACCUUCCUUAAACCAACGAACAAUGUUAUCAUGCUUGAUUAUGAAUUAACCUAUGAGGAAUUUGAGGCAGCUUUUUCCUCGUUAAAAAAAAAAAAGGCUCCAGGAUUUGAUGAGAUACCUAGUAAUAUAGUUAUUGUAAACAAACAUAGUCUUAAAAGACCUCUAAUACAUAUACUAAAGCUUUCGUUAAAUUCUGGGGUAUUUCCGGAUGUACUUAAAUUAGCAAAAGUAACUCCAUUGUUCAAAUGUAAUGAUCAUUCUGACAUUACAAACUAUAGGCCUAUAUCAUUACUUUUUGUAUUUUUAAAACUAUUCGAACGUGUAGUUUAUAAUUGA